CUGAGGGGGUGUUUGUGUGUGUGUGUGCGCGGCGCUGUGCAAAAAAACAACGCAAGAAAUGUUCGUCGACGACGAGCCGAUCGUACCACAGAGAGGAGGAAAACCAAGGUAGGUAGGUCACUCUUUGAUCACCCCUUUCGAACGAGUCUGGCGGCGCAAAAAAGAAACGUUCUUCGAGAAGAAGUGCGUGCGGCUGAUCGCGGUCUCGGGAAGUGCAGUAGUAGGUGUUCCGCGCCUCGAUCGGCGCUGUUCGCUCCGGCUAGGCCUAGACUGCGCGGAGGAGGUUGAGCAAUAUUAAAAAAAAGAAAGAAAGAAAAAAAAAGAAAGUUGUGUGGUCGGAGCCGCUCCCGCAAGUUUAUCGUUUUGUUUAUUCCCGUGCGCGCUCGGAGAGGUGCCGCGCGUCGAAAACGAGAAGGGACGCAAGGAUGACACUUGGUCGUCGCCGUGUUGCUCGCCGGCGGUAGCCUGGGGGGUGUGACAGCAAGUGGAGUUUGCGGCGUUUUCAGCCGCUUGGAUCUUUUCGACCGCGGCGCGACAGUGCGACUGUGAUGCCAGCGAGAGAUGCGUGUCGUUGGUUGGACGUGGACUGCGCGGUCAAGCCGCCCCGCUGGAUUCAACUUCCGAGGCUCGUCGGCGCUCCGCCCGGACCGUGCGUGUUCGCGCGACGUCGAUCCAGCCUGCGUCGAGCUCUCGUAAAACUCAAAGAAGUCUACCCGUGCAAGGACUUUGACGUCCGGCGCAUCGCAAAGCUCUCACGUGCAGGGGACAGCCGGCCCGUGUACUGGGGCAUCCAGCUGGACCAGGACCUUCUGGAGACUAUAGUGUCCAUCUACCCGGAGUGGUUCAGGGACUACAACCUCGGCAUCAUGGCCGAGCAACAGCAGCAGCAGUCUCCCGCGGGGUCCUCGUCCUCGGGUGGCGCCGGUGACGGGAGCGCCCCUUCGCCCCCCGCCCGUGUGGACGAGGCCUCUCUGCAGCAGGCCAUGGACCGGAACAAGGAGUCGCUGAAAGUGAAGCUCAUGCUUCGGCGACCCAUCACUCAACUGGUGGAACAAGGCAUCAUGCCAUCUCUCAAGACCUCUCCCGCAUUCCAUGAACAGAGGAAGAACCUCGAAAGGGCCAAGAUGGGGGACUACCUCAAGAACAAAAUCCAACGGAGGCCAGAUCGCCAGGAACUCAUACAGCAACACAUUCUUGAAGACACCACGGUGGACCCGAGCCUUCAGGACAAGCAGCGGCAGUUGAAGAAAGCACGGCUGGCCGAUGGCCUCAACGACCGCCUCUCUCACCGGCCCGGACCCCUGGAGUUGGUCAAGGGCAACAUCCUUCAGACGGAUGCCACAUUCGCACAGGCCAUCAAGGAGGGCCAGAUUCCUUUUCGGCGGACAUGCGAAGGCGAGAGCCGGAAGCACCCGCCGCCCCCGCAUUUCCUUAUCGAUGAGGACAGCGGCGGAAGCGACUCGCUCGUGCCCUCCCCCGGCCAGGACUCCAAUGACCAGUCGCAGAGCAGUUUGCCGUCGAUAGACCUGUCGGAGUCGUCGUCGUCGUCCGGGACGUUGCACGAGGGCUCGCCAAGCUCACUCUCCGCGGGCAGUCCGCGCGCUUCGCCCCCGGUGGCACCGAUCGCAGGCGCAGCCGGCACCCGUGGUUCAGUGGCAACUGUCGCGCCAGCGACGACGACCUCGCUCUGCGCUUCGCAUCAGCUUCAGCAGCAAGCUGUAGCUCCCCUGACGCCUCAACCAUCGCCGCUGCAGUCGUUUCUGAGCUCCGGCGCCACAGUGGUGACACCGUCGACCACAGUGUUUCUCACGGGCACAGCGGUGGCUCCGGCACAACCGCAGCAGGCAGGCGGCGGCAAGGCAGCUCGCAAGAAGUCAAAGUCAAAGGCGCAACCGAAGGCACGCACCAUCAAAUUCCACGAGUACAAGGGUCCACCAAGCGCUCAAAAGAACCAGCCCGCCACAUCGGCGUCGUCCGAGUCGUCGUACGAGCUUUUGCUCCAGCAGCAGCAGCUGUUCCUCCAGUGGCAACUCGAGUGGCAACAGAAGUAUCCGCAGAUUAUCUUGCCUGCAGCUCAGAAACCAGUGGUGUCGGAGGCAUCGCAGGCGCCCGUACAGCUGACGACUCCGCCCCCUCCGCCUCCCCCUCUGCCGCCCACUGUCAGUUCACCUCCCAUCACCAUGACGAUCACGCCUGACCUGCCACGCCAACGGUCCAAACUGGAGGACAUGAAGGUCAGCGACCUGAAGGCGGAGCUGAAGCGCCGUAACCUGCCCGUGUCGGGGUCCAAGCCACAGCUCAUCGAGAGGUUAAAGCCAUUCUCGGACAUUGGCUCGGCUGGAACUCAGAGCAGUGGUUCUUCUUCGGACCAGCCGGUGUCCUCCGUGGAGGCGACGGACAUAUCCGACCUCUCUUCCCCGCAGUCCCCGUCACUGGGUCUUUCUCUGGAUAUGCAUGAUGGGAACCCGCCGUCGGUGGUUCCAAUGGAGGUUGACGGAAGCGGUGAUCUGAUGAUGGGGCAGCAGGACUCCCCGGCGGUUAGCACCUCCGAGGCGGACCUGUCUGGUUCCGGCGCGGAGGACGACCUCAUGAGGCUCCAGCAGAGGCGAAUUGAGGAGCUCCAGCGCGAACUCCAAAGGUCUCAGCUUCGGUUGCAGCAGCAGCAGCAGCAGCAGGUGUCCACGCCGUACAGUCUGAAGAGCGUCACGCCACCCAUCACCACCUUCACGCUCACCCUGUCGCCGUCGGGCCAGGCCAUGGUGACGUCGCAGCCCCAGACCACCAGCCUGCUGACGUCGGGCACUGUGGCGAGUACUGGUGCCGGCAUGGUUGCUGCACCAGCCACAGUUGCCGACACCAAGUCGCUUCAGCGUCAGCUGCUGCAGCAACACCUACAGAACAAGAUACAGCAACAGCAGCAGCAGCAGCAACAAGCUCAACAACAACAGCAACAACAACAACAGCAGCAGCAGCUACAACAAAAUCAGCAACAGCCCCAUCAACCAAACUGCAUGAACGGCCCGAGCCUCGCCACUAGCCUCGCCUCGCCGUCGCCAACUUCUGCGGCCGUCAAGGCUUCGCUGGCCAACUUCCUUCAGCAACAGCAACACCACCAGCAGCAGCAACAGCAGCAAAGCCUCGCAGCAGCGCUGGCGCUCGGCAGCGAUGCCAACAACAACCACCAGUUGAACGGAGAGCCACAGCGCAGCGGAAGCAGUGGUCGCACCGUGCCCUACAGCCAGGGAAAGCACCCUACGACGAAAACCCCCAACGGCCUCCAGUCUCGGUCUUUGCAGCAGGCUGCAAGCUUCCCUUCGUUGCUGUCGCCCAAGACGGCUUCGCUGCCCGAACCGUUCAUCCUGACCAAACAGCCGCCGGACUACGACGAAGCGACCAAGCAUCUCAACAAGACGAGGCAGGCGCAGAUGCUACCGCUGAACAACCUAGCACCCGCAAGCUCAAAACAGAAUCGUCCUCGUUCAAUCAAGAGCAAGGACGUCGAUGACGUUCUUGAGAUUCUCAUCAAAAAUGGAGAGUUGCCCCCAAGUGCUGCGCAAGAGCCACCGACGCCCACGACACCGGGGACACCCAUCACCGACAUGAGCGGACUCCUUGCGUGUACGCCACCUUCGUUUCCGACACCACCACCUUCGUCGGAGGCAGCGUCUGCCACACCGGGCGAACGGAACUCGCCCUCUCUGGCGCUGUCUGGCGACGGCGAGACGCCCCCUCCGUCGGCAUCGUUGGACUUUGACUUUCACCUGGACCUGGACGAUUUCGAAGGCAUGGACCUCGGCAUGCUGACCGACAGUGGACCUGCCAAGAACCAGGUGGCGCGGAACCACUACACUGAAGGCAGUGCGGACCUCUCUGACCCAGCGCUGAGCAUGGAGAUCGAGCUGUCGGACUGGCUGGAUGUCAUGAUGCCCCAGACGACUUCGUCGUCGUCGAGCAUGGCCAACGGCCAGGUGUCGUCGUCCUCCGCAACUCCGUGCACGACGGUGUUGUCGUCGUCCGCCGCGGCACCGAACGUGACGCAGCACGAUCCGUUGCUGUCGACGAACGCCUCCGUGGACGUUCAGGACCCGUUCGACCUGUUUGCGGUGAACGACGCGGACUUUCGGGCGUGGGACGACUUUCGGACUAAUUGGGACAGCGCAGACUUCAUUGCCUGACUUCCGCAGACUGUAUGAGGCGGUCGAACAUGGGAGCGGGAGGAAAGGUGCCCGACACACUGUUGUGAGAUGGUUUUCGCAUGCCACUGUGCCAGUGAUGACUCUGUCUGUGACUGUCUCCGCCGCCACUGAUGGGCGAAAGACUCGCGUGUUUGUUAUCGCUAGAAAGAGAGAGAGAGACCAAGCUAAUUUUUUUUUUUUUUCACUUAUGACAACCAAAUAGUUGUUAAAAGGCCGUCUCAGUGUCACGGACCAAGCACAACAACAGAAACAAAAUAACAAACUGCGUGCCAAGUUAAAGUGCCGACCGCUUCUCCAGACAUUUUUUUUUCCUUUGUUCGUUUCAUUUUUCUCAGCCAGGAAUGUCUUGUCACCUUUUCGAGCGACGAGAAAUCAGAUUCACAUCGCGUUCGUGUCGUCUUCCAUUUCACGGUGCAAGGACUGCUCUCGCCAAAACAAAUAAUUUGGCAGGAACCCGCAAACAUUCAGCCGUGUUUUGACGACACCCAUUCUCUUAACGAAUGGCUGCAACACUAGCCACGUCCUGGCCAUUGUGUUAGAAACUCGCGCAAUGUUAACAUUGGCCACGUCGAGCACCACAGAUCACCGUUUUUCACAUAGACACGACGCAAGUACAAAGAACUCCCACCAUGUCUUAUCAUUUUCGCAUCGUAUAAUGAUCUAUGAUUGUACGACGAUCGUACGUAUGCCCCCCUCUCUCCCCGCCCUGCCUCACGCUGGAGAAAAGCUCACAAUGGCAACCGAUGCUCGCUUCGACGUUGAAUGACUGCGAUCGCGCGGUAACACGCUGCGUGUGUCGAUAACGUCAUGCCGACCAUCGCUCUUUUUCACUAUGUACAGUCGAACCUAGUUUAAUGAAAUUGCGUCCAACACAAAAUUGCGUUGGUUAUAUUUGUUAUAUUUGUUAUAACUGUACAUGCUGGGAUAUCGGUGAAAAAUAUGUACGGUAAUUCAUGAUCUAGCCUACGCGAAAGAAAUGCCAGCCUCCGACGAGCCAGCAAAGGCUCUCCCGAGGAUUGAUGGCCUGUCUGUAGGUUGCCGUCCCGCGAUUUCACACACAAACGCUAAACCACAAACGCUGUUUUUUUUUUUUCAGCAGCAGCAGCGUUAAUAAGUGACCGCGCAAUCGGGGUGGUCUUAUGGGAUUGGUGCAUUGGCUUGCUGGCCACGGGGCCAGUCAAGCCAAGCUGUUGGCAAAAAGGCAACUUGUGCAUCCCGAAUGUACUGUUACGAGUUGCUCUUGCCGAGUGUUUGGCAUUGUCCGCUACCAGAAUGCAUAUUAACUUUGCAGUAACCGAUAUCGUCUCAGAUCUUUCGUUUUCUUCAACUCCAUUAUAGCAGUAGAAUACUCUGUAAAAGAAAGCAACCAACUUAGGCCUACUUCAUUAUAUCCAAAUUAUUAUUUACAUCCGAUGAUUUGUUAUAUCCACGUUCGUUAUCUUGAGGUUCGACUGCAACUUUUUUUUUUUUUUUGAUAAGGGAUCAAAAUGACUACUUCUGCAGCAACACGUUUGAGUCAGACGAAGAAAGCACGCGAUCUGUAUCUUGCAGAUUUCGGAAGAUGUACGGUAAGCCAGCUCGGAGACAUACACGUAAUACAUUCUUUCCUGGCUUAAUAUCGAGAUAGUGUCGUAGCCGACGCAAAGAAAGGACUGACCGGAAACAGACGCACGAGUUCUCGUCGAGAGGACCACAUUCCAAGCGUUGUUUCGCCGGUGAAAAGCAGAGAGAAGAUGGAACAAGGAAAAAAAGACGCGAAAUCAAAAUGAUGCCACCUCAGAAAUGUAAUCGCGAAAGUCGGGAGAGGCACAAUCGAGAGAGACGUUGACCACGGUAUAUGCCCGGAGGCAUCCGAGGAAGCCAUUAUGCUUCGAGCCCAACUACAAUUUUUUUCCACAUUAUGAAAUACUUUGGGAAUGCCGAAGUAUUCUCGCUAGACAGCUAGUGCCACAAUGUUUGUGAAAUUCUUUCUUUUAAAAGAAAAAAAAUGUUUUGCUCUAGCAAGUGAUGGAAGCAGAAUGUGCGUUCAAGCUUUCUUUUUCUUUUAUUUGAUUUUAUGGCAAGGAUCUUGCCAGUAAUACACCAAAAAAAUAAAAAAUCUUGGGAAGUUUUUAGUUUAGUGGCGUGUACGUUAUCAUGUGAUAAGAAAUAUUGAAGUUAGAUUGACUACUUCUGUUGGACCAUUGAAACAAAACUGACAUCGAGUACUUAAUCAUCUACAUGCUCCUACGUUUUUUCAAUAACAGAAUAUACUCAGUCUUGUGACCAACACCUACGCGUGACAUAAUGCAGUCGAUUCACGUCGAUUAAAAACCGUAGGAGACAUGUAUUUUUGUUCAAAUUAUCAGGACCCGAGUAAAACUCGCUCAAAAACGCAAUUCGCAGUUGCUAUGCAAAUAGAUACUAGCUGCAGUGGUUCAAUUGGCUGUGGAAUUCUGCUGCACCAUCGUAAGAGGUAGAGGUGUGAGUUCAAGGUCAUGAGUUUGAUUCCCGGUCGCCACAGCUACAUUUUGAUGCCGGUGAAUUACAAAAACACUCAACUCCAGGUGGUCAAUUAAAUGGUGCCGAUUCUGUCCACUUGUUUUAGAGCAGGCAUUAUUGCCUUAUUUGCUCCUGCAACAUAUCACUUUUUUUUUUUUCGGUGAGUACAACUUUUGCCUUAGUUGCACCACAAGCAGUGUACAAGUUUUGACAAAUUUCAUUGAUGUCAGCCACCAGAUAUUUUGUUCUUUUCAGGCGCAACAAAUUCUAGGCUGAACAGCUCAGCAGUUGUUUAACGAGAGUGCUUUUGCAUUCCCCGCGCAGUUGAAGAACGAAAUCGACGUUGGGCCUCGAGGUAAAGCCCCCGCGUAAGGAUCACCAGGCCAGAACAGAGAUACACCCAAUUUAUUAUCGUCGAACCUUCGUUGUGUUUUCUACACACUUGUGUGUGUGCCUGUGUGUGUGUGUGCGUGUUAUUACCAAGGUUGUAAUCUUUUUGUACAUAAUUUAGGCGAGGCGCGAAAAUCGACAAAUUUGUUGCGACUGUAAGAAAAGAAACUAUAUUGGGCCUCCCUUUCCAGCAGUGACGUCAAAAGGCAAACUCAAACAUCAUGGUACGUAUGCUGUGCAAAAGUCAUAAUUCCCGCUUUGGGCGAGGUUUUUUUUUUUGUGUAAUUUUAAAAACAUAAUGCUAAUGAAGUAGCUGUUGUUCUUUUUCAGCGUGUUAAACAAUGUGAAAUCCGAUUGGGAAACUUUUUUCACAAGUUCAUUUUAUACCUUGUGUAGAGAUGAAUUCAAACAGUGCCUUUUGCCUCGACGGCAGUCGUGCAACAUUUAUGCUCAAGUCUUGGUGUCUUGUAGUUGCACUUAAACGUGCCAGCAUCUUUCGAGGUAGAGUUCCUACGUGAUUGAGUUUGUCUUUAUCAUUUGUUGUUUCUUAACUCUAUUUGUCGAAUUGCCCAAGCCACGAUUGUAUAGGCGCUCGAGAUUUUUUUUUUCUUUGCAGCUGGUCUCUGGCUUUUUGUCGCAUGUGCUGGUAACACUAACCCAAGCUGGUUUCUGUGCUUUUUUUUUUCUUUUUUUUUUCGACAGUUGCAAAAACCAGCUUGUUUUGGGUGACGGAAGCUAUUAGGUGAACAGCGCAAGCAAUACCAUGUUUCUUGUUUCCUUUCCCCGACCCUACUUUUUUCGAAAUGUAAAUAUUAUAAGUGAGGGCUCAGUCGCCCCGGUGUUGGUGCCCUCAUUGGUGUAGUGUGAUGCAAGAAAUAAAAUAUAAAUGAAUACACUGAU